AUGGCCAACCUAGUUAUUCCACCUUGGAGAGGACAGGUUUAUCCCCCUCAAUUACCUCCACUUCAGUACUACAAUUCUGGAGCCACCUUCUACCAACAACCUCCACCUACCUUUUAUCAGCAUCCAUCUGCCAAUACUUUAUACCAAAAUCCUGGAGCUACCUUUUACCAGCAGCCAACCACCAACAAUAUACCUUUCAACCCUGGACCUAUGAGAAACCCUCAAGCAACUGAAAGUGAUGAUUUGGACCCCUUGGAACCCCAGGCACCUUUAUCCCCUCAAAACACUGGAAGUCAGAAUGGAGCCCCUCCAGCAAGAAGACCAACAGUCAAAACCACUAACCCCAUAGAACCCAAGAAAGCCCUCCCAAUUCACUUUUUGGAGAGAGAACCUGAAAUGCCCAAAUAUACUGGAGGAAGAAAAACUGUGAAGAUUAAACCCUUGGACAAAGAACUUAUUUUUGAUGGGUCCAACAUGCCCAUAGAAAAAUUCAUCAAAAGAUAUGAAGCUGCUGGAAAUACAGAUGGAGCAAGCCCUCAAGACUUGGCCAACCAAAUUAUUCCCUUCAUAAAAGGAAUGGACCUGAAAGAUGAAGUAGAAGAAAUGUCAGGAUAUGAAGACUCCAACUGGGAAAAACUCAAGAAACAAUUGCUCAACAGAUUUGGAUCCUCCCUCCCCUUGGUCAAAUACACCAGCCAUGACCUCAAACACUUGGUUUCCUCUGCAAUUAGAGGAGGAGGAAUUAGGACCUUGGAGCACUUCAAAAUUUUCAGGACCAAAUUUGAGGCAAUUACUCACUACCUGGUAAGGAUGGGAUAUAGCUCCAACUUGGAAGAAUCCACAGAAUGUCUUUUGGAAGCCCUCAGUCCAGACUUGGAAUCCUCAGUCACUAAAGAACUUAUCAGAGAUAAUAUGAUGUUAGCCUCCAAAGAUGGUGGGGACAUUUUACCUGACACAGAAACCCUAAUCAGCUACAUCCACAGGGAAGUCCAAUCAGCCUCAGUCAUGGAAAGAAGAAAAAUCCUCAGGAACAUGGAGCCAGUUAAAACAGACAAACCUCAGACCCAGAAAACUCCUGACCAAAUAGCCAUGGAAGGACUCACCAAGACUUUAAGCAGUUGGCAUGCUCAAAAAGCAGAAACUCCAAAGUCUGACCCAUUGGUUUCCAAGAGUCAUGUCCCUUACAAACCUGCACAAUUGGAGAAGGAUUACAGUACCAUCAAAUGCAAUUAUUGUCUAGGAGUAGGACACACCUUCUACAGGUGCAACCUGGCCAAUGAAGAUGAAAUGAAGGGCCUAUUCAAGAAAGAUGGACCAAAUGUUAUCUUACCAGAUGGAACCCAAGUCCAAUGGAAUAAAUUCAAGGCCUUCAAGACAGCUGUUGACCAGUAUCAUCAAUCCCAAAAACAGCCAGGAAUUAUCAAUAUCCCCCCAAGAACUUUGGAUAAACCUUCAGAGCCCCAGACCUCAUAUGGUAAGUUGGAAGAAAUUGAUGAUGAAGAAGAUGAUCUCAGUUAUGAGUGUGAAGCUGCAAAAAGGACCAGAAGUGGAAAUGAAUAUCCAGAGGAAGUUACAGUCAGCAAGAAGGUCAGGAAAGAAAAAGAAGACCUGAUGGACAUAGACAAGGACAGACUCUUGGAGAUUGCCAGACAGGAUGACUACAACCCUGUAGAAUUGCCAGCCUCAUCAACCAAGGAAUACACACCCCCCAACAAGAAAGUUCAAUUUCAGAAACCUGUAGAAAAACAACCAAGCCCUCCCAAGGAACCUCCAAAGGAAAAAUCUCCUAAGAAGACCUAUGUGGAGAGACCCUUAACCAAUCAAUUUCCUGAUGCAGAAGACAAAGUGGUCAGCAGAAUGCUUAUGGAUGGAAGAAUGGAAUUAUCCCUUGGUGAAAUAUUUGCCAUUUCCAAUGGGGCUGUUGAGGCCUUCAAAAAGAAAAUCAGUCCAAAAAGAAUACCCUUGGAACCCACCAAAUCUACAAACUCUGGAGGAAUUGACCAAGAAGCUGAGGAUGAUGACAGCCCUAAUGAAGAACCUAGCCACUAUGCUUGUCCCUUGGGAUAUAUAGAUGUCAGUAUUAAUGGAAAACCCUUUCAAGCACUUUUGGACAAUGGAUCUCAAGUCAACCUACUACCCAGAGACCUGGCAGCAAGAAUGGGGCUAAUAAUUACCCAAAGAGCCAUGAACCUCAAAGGAAUAGGUGGCCACAAGAAUGAAAUCUUAGGAGAGAAGUACAACCAAUUCUGGGAAAACCAUGGCUCAUAG